GAAUCUUUCGCAGUUCUCUAAAAGAAGUGAGCAUGUAAAGUAGUGCGUGGUCCAAACAACCUCCUUUUGUUUUUUAAAUUAAAUAUUCCGUACGCAUAUUCCGAUUAACAUGUCUUGCAAAAAAGAAUACAUGAACAAUAACAACAUAACUGUUAUAUUGUUGGAGACUGAAAAGAAAGACGUAGAGAACCAAACUGUAGAAGAGGAUCCUCUGACGAAAGCCAUCGGAGCUCUCGGGAAAUGGCAAAUAUGGAUAUGCUUCGUCGUAUUCCUUGUCAAAUUCCCAGUGGCCUGGCAUCAGAUGAGCAUCAUAUUCCUCGCACCACCCAUGAACUUCACAUGCGCUGAGACACAAGUUGAAGAUAAGUUUGAUAACGUCUGCUACGCUAACUGUACUGACUUCGAGUACGACCGAAGUAUCUUCAAAGAAACGAUCAUAUCACAAUGGGACCUGGUGUGUGACAAACAAUGGCUGAAGAACCUCACACAGACGAUCUUCAUGCUCGGCAUCCUUGUGGGAAACAUGAUGUUCGGCCAUCUCUCUGACAGAUUCGGACGUCGUAAUCCAUUCUUGGCAGCAGUUUUCCUGCAGCUGAUAUCAGGAGUGACCACAGCGUACUCAGUCAACUGGUACAUGUUCACGACUCUUCGAUUCUUCCUCGCUGUGGCCACUGGAGGCACGAUGGUGACCAGCUUCGUCCUAACAAUGGAACUGAUUGGAGCUAAAUACAGAGACACUGUCGGAAUAAUCUACCAGAUCCCUUUCAAUCUUGGGCACUUGACUCUACCCCUAUUCGGAUACUACCUUCGGGAUUGGAGCACCUUCCAGCUUGCGAUCUCACUGCCAUCUGUUUUGUUCCUGAGUUACUACUUCCUACUCCCUGAAUCGCCAAGAUGGCUUCUAACUGCUGGAAGGACGGAGGAAGCUGUCAAAAUCAUGGAAGUUGCGGCGAAAAGAAACGGUAGACCAACAGAAGGAAUAGCAGUAUCUUCACAGAAGAUUGUUGUUGACAACGAUGGUAAACAAGAAGAACAUGCGUCGUUCAUAGAUCUCUUCCGUACGCCACGCCUACGUGCGCGCACCAUCGCUAUCUGUUUCAACUGGUUCGUCUGUGGACUCUGCUUCUUCGGGGUCUCACAGUACAUGAGCCACAUAUCUGGAGAUAUUUUCACCAAUGUUGCUAUUUCCGCUGCUAUUCAGGUUCCUGGGACCUUGAUCUCCGUCUACACCAACAAAGUUCUGGGCCGCAAAAUCACUCUGAUCAGUGCGAACUGCAUCACUGGAAUCAGCUGUCUCCUCAUCAUCGUCGUGCCGCAGUCUGGAGCCAGUCAUUUGACACUUGGCUGCACAGGACUCUUAGGGAUGAGCAUCUCCUUCGCCACCGUGUAUUUAUACGCAGGGGAGCUAUUCCCAACUGUUGUUAGAAACUCAGGAGUUGGACUGUCAUCAACAGUUGCUCGAAUAGGGUCGAUGGUAGCUCCGUUUGUUGCCACUCUGUCUCACACAAGUGCUUGGCUACCACCUCUGGCGUUUGGUAUUGUGCCAUUGAUAGGCGCUGGGCUUUGUAUGCUGCUACCUGAUACCCGUGGAAGGAAAUUACCCGACACAUUAGAAGAAGGUGAAGCGUAAAUUGUUGCUAUGGCUUUAACAAGUAUUCCUUUAUAUUUAAAUCUCAUUGUGGUGUAUGAAAGUUUUACAGUGUGACUGCGAGCGUAUGUGUAUGUUUAUAAAACCUUAUUUAAAGACUUUUAAAUGUAAGUGUUCUCGACAAUUUGUUGCAAAUCAUUAUUUAUAUUUGCAAAAUGUAUUUAUGACAACGAUAGGCUAAGUUUAGACUAAUGAUGGUCUAUUUUUAUAGGCUGUGAUAAAACGUGAAUAUUGUUAUGAAAUAAAAUAUCAAAUUGUGUAAUAA